UAUAGAGGGAUCUUACCGCGCUUACAAAUGUUCACAGUUCUUAUAUCCGUCCUGUCGUGCGCUCGAUCUUCGUCCUUUAUCCUCCCUCGACCAACACAGACUGAGCCUUUGACGUGGCACCUCCGAAGCGCGGCUAGCUCACCACCAGGCGCAAUAGCCAUGUCGUCGUCCAUCUCGCAGUUCUACAUCCUGUCGACGCGGGGCGACACCAUCAUCUUCAGCGACUUCCGAGGCGACGUAGAGAGCAACUCGGCCGAGAUUUUCUUCCGCAAAGUCAAAUUCUGGGAGAAGGGAGACGCUCCCCCAACGUUCAACGUGGACGGCGUCAAUUAUCUGUUCGUUAAGAAGAACGGACUGUACUUUGUAGCCACCACACGCUACAAUGUGAGUCCCAGCUACAUCCUGGAGCUGCUUACGCGUCUGUGCCGCGUGUUCAAAGACUAUUGCGGCGUGUUGAGUGAGGAGACGCUGCGUAAGAACUUUAUUCUUUGCUACGAGCUACUGGACGAGACACUGGACUAUGGCUUCGCUCAGGACACGAGUACGGAGGGCCUCAAGGUGCACGUACACAACGAGGCUAUCCUUGUAGGCGACGCUGUGCUGUCCAAGCCCAAGGCAGGCUCUAAAUUCAUGAACCGCAGCUCCAAUAUCAAGGCUGCUAGCGCCGUCAAGAAGCCUGUGGCUACAGCUGGACAGAGCUCCAAGAAACAGGACGAGAACGAGCUCUUCUGUGACAUCCUGGAGCGACUCAACGUCGUCUUCUCCUCGGGCGGACAGAUGCUCAAUGCUUCUAUCGAAGGACGCAUCCAACUCAAGAGCUACUUGUCUGGCAACCCAGAAUUGCGACUCGCACUUAAUGAAGACCUGGUUAUCGGCAAUACUGGAGCCAGACAAUACGGACAGGUGGUGCUGGACGACUGCAAUUUCCACGACUGCGUGCAGCUGGACGAGUUCGAGCGCGACCGUGUGCUGAUCUUCCAGCCUCCGGACGGAGAGUUUACCGUCAUCAACUACCGUAUUACCGGUGACUUCCGUGCCCCUUUCCGUAUCUUCCCGUUCGUGGAGGAACUGUCCCCUACUAAGAUCGAGAUGGUGCUCAAGAUCCGCGCCGAUAUGCCCGAGAACAACUACGGCGCGAACGUCAUUAUCCGCUUCCCCGUGCCACAGUCCACUGUGGCAGUGUCCUGUGAUAUUGGCAAGAGCGCAGCAGGGCAAUUGGCAGAGUAUCGCGAGAACGAGAACCAGGUGCGUUGGGCCAUCAAGCGCUUCACGGGAGGAACAGAACUCACGCUGCGAGCCAAGAUCACGCUGGGCCAGCCCAGUCCACACGUGCGGCGUGAGAUCGGCCCUGUGAGCAUGAACUUUGAGAUCCCCAUGUACAAUACCUCGAGUCUGCAGGUGCGCUAUCUGCGUAUCCCGGAGCACGCGCGUCAUCCCAACUACACGUACAAGCGAUGGGUGCGCUAUGUGACGCAGUCCAGUUCUUACGUGUGCAGGAUUUAGUCCGAUAAGGCAAAGAGAGCGCAGAAGUCAGGACAGUGAGGCGUAAGCGUUAGGUAGCCCAGCAGCGGGAUCUUAGACAUACCUGGGACGCACGGGAGCUUAGUAGAAGACGACGACCACUCCGGACUACCGUCAAGGCAUCAUACUCCCCCUCCAUUAAGCACCUCGAGAAUCGAAUUACCUGUUUGUGUUUUGCUGCGUCUACCAACCUCCCCAUUAUCAUCUAUGUAUCAUUAUCUGACCAAGCAGCAAAGAGAUAUCUAACGUGUUAGCUUCGAGCACUUAACACCGUACAUGUACCAUUCCUAGUGUUUCAGAUGCUCUUCAGCUAGACAAGCGGGCCUACCUACUCCU